CCGUCCAAUCAGCGACGUGCUUUGCGAGCGGGAGAUUUCCGUGGCUGAGGCGGCCUGAGGAGAGCCAGGCGGGAUGGGCGGCGCGCGGGAGCGGGAGAUCCGCCAGCUCCAGAAGGACAAGGAGAAAGCCCAGCGGAAGGGGGACCUGAAGGAAGAGGCCGCCUUGUGUAACCAGCUGGGAAGUAUCUUGGCGCGUCAUGGGCAGUUCCAAGAAGCCCUGGAAGAGCACCGCCUGGAGCUGCGCCUGCUGGAAGGCCUGGGGGACGUCAUUGGCUGUGCCGUCGCCCACCGGAAGAUCGGGGAGUGCUUGGCAGAGCUGGAAAGCUAUGAAGCCGCCCUGAAGCACCAGCGCCGGCACCUGGAUCUGGCCCGCUCCGUCUCCAGCGACAUCGAGCAGCAGAGAGCCUGGGCCACCAUCGGCAGGACCUAUAUGUUCAUGGCUGAGGGCCAGCAGUCCAGCAGUGCCCUGGAAGAAGCAGAAAAAGCCUUCAUGAAGAGCCUGGCCAUCGUGGAGGAGAAGCUGGAAGGGGAAGUCUCCCAGCGGGAGGUGAGCGAGAUGCGGGCCCGGCUCUACCUCAACCUCGGCUUGGUGUACGACGGCCUGAAGGACCCCGCCAAGCACACCUAUUACAUCAAGAAGAGCAUCUACAUCUCAGAGCAGACCCAACUGCUGGAGGACCUGUACCGGGCCUACUACAACAUGGGCAACAUCCACCUACGGGAGGGACAGCAUUCGAAGGCCAUGCGUUGCCUGGAGCGGGCGCGGGAGUGUGCCUGCAAGAUGAAGGAGAAGCACAUGGAGAGCGAGUGCUGCGCGGGGAUUGCACAAGUGCUGCUGAGCUUGGGGGACUUUGUGGCGGCUAAGCGGUCCCUAAAGAAGGCCUACCGGAUGGGCUCCCAGCAGCCUCAACAGCGAGAGAGCGUCUGCCACAACCUGCGCUACGUCUCCAAGGUGACUCGCCUGCAGCAGGCCCUGGAAGAAGCAGAGGCAUCCUGCGACCGGGGGGCAGCCCUGGCCCUGAGUGAGCAGCUGGGAGACCUCUUCUCCAAAGCGGGAGAUUACCAGCGCUCCCUGGAAGCCUACAAGAAGCAGCUGGGCUAUGCUCAGGCCCUGAAGCGGCCGCCCCACGAACUGGCUGUGAUCCACGUUUCCUUGGCAGCCACGUUUGGGGACCUGAAGGACCACGCCCAGGCUUUGCACCACUAUCAGGAGGAACUGGCCCUGCGGAAGGGAAACCUCUUGGAGGAAGGGAAGACGUGGCUGAGCAUUGCUCUGGCCAAGGAGGAGGCCAAGGAAAGCUACGAGGAGCUGGAGCCCUGCUUCCGAAAGGCCCUGCAAUACGCUGAGAAGGCCUUUGACCCCAGGCUGCAGCAUCAGAUCCUGCAGCACUUGCACGCCUGCCAGCAGAGAGCGGGGCGCCCCGAAGCGGCAGAGACAAUGGGGAGGCUGCAGGACCUUCGGCGCAUGGAGGGCUGGCAUUCCGAUGGGGAGAUCAGUGAGGAGGAGGAAGAGGAGGAGGAAAGCAGCGAGCCCCUCGUAGAAAGCGACCUGGAGCUUUCAGAUAGCGAUGGAGAGGAGGAGGAGGACCUGGAAGGCUACAACAAAACGGUCUCCGGUCAGCGCAGGACCAAAAAGUGGAACCAGCGCAACGACAAAGGCGAGACCUUGCUCCACCGCGCCUGCAUUGAUGGGAACCUGCGCCGUGUGCAGUUCUUUGUGGAGAAGGGCCACCCUCUGAACCCCCGGGAUUAUUGUGGCUGGACCCCACUGCACGAGGCCUGCAACCAUGGGCACCUGGAGGUUGUGCGCCUGCUUCUGGACCACGGAGCAGCCGUCGACGAUGCUGGUGGCCCUGGCUGCGAGGGCAUCACGCCCCUCCACGACGCCCUCAACUGUGGACAUUUUGACGUGGCCGAGAUGCUGGUCCAAAGGGGAGCGUCCACACUGUUGCGUGAUGGCAAGGGCCAGACCCCGCUGGACACUCUGCACCAGUGGAUGCAUCUCUACGGCCGGGACCUUGACCAAGAGACCCGGGAGCGAUGCAAAGCCAUGGAGGGGCUGCUCAAGAAAGCCAUGGCCGGACGAGCCUCCAAAACUCAGGUCCAACGGGAGACGCCCUCCAGCCAGCUCUUUGAUGCUGAGUUUUCAGAGUCUCAAGGCUCCGGUCCUCAAGGUUCGGCCAGGACGACACCCAGCCCGAGACGGAGCCAGGUGGACCCUGAGUUGGACGAGGACUGCAUGGUCCCCCUCCGCCCUGUCAAGAAACGUCAGCGGCUGCUCAGCCAGAGUCUCGCGAGAGAAGAGGGGGGACCGAUAACCACUGCUCCCUCUGAAUACGCGGCGGCCAUGCGAGGGGUGGGCAGCGCUCUCUCCCGGGGUCCGCCGAGCUCUGACCGCCCCGCCAGGCCCUCCCCUGCCCCGGCACUCAUCCCGACAGAGGAAUACAUAGACGACGACUGGCUGGACGACGACCUGGGUGUGAAUACCGUCUCCCGCAAACGCGGCCGGCAGAGUCCGCUGGGCUCCGCCUGCGAGGAAAGCCAAGAGGACGAGGAGGAGGAGGAGGGCGAGAGCGACGCCGGACCCCCGUGUGCGGCCCCCAAAGUCCCCACGAAGAGGAGGAGGGCCAGGCAAAUGCGCCUCACCCUGAUGGUGGGCAGGACGCCCCUGGGGAGGGUCCGGGGGGCCAACGCGGUGGGCGGCACAGAGGCCACGGCCAGCGCUUCGCACAGAGCUGGAGGCAGCGGCCAAGUGGAGAGCCGGCCUUCCGAGGGAGAGAGCCUGCCGCCUGCGUUUGUGCCGCAGGCCCCUGCUCCCCCGCCUCCGAUCCGGGUGCGAGUUCGGGUGCAAGACAACGUCUUCUUGAUUCCUGUGCCACACAGCGACCGCGAGGGCUGCCUGGUGUCGUGGCUGGCGGAGCAGGCCUCCCAGCGCUACUACCAGGCCUGCGGCCUCCUCCCGCUCCUGACCCUGAAGAAAGAGGGGGCCCUCCUCGCCCCCCAGGACCGCAUUGUGGACGUCUUGCAGAGCAACGAGGAGGUUUUGGCUGAAGUUCAGUCAUGGAACCUGCCUCCCUUGGUGGAGAGGUACCGCAAGGCCUGCCGGAGCCUGGCUGCAGAGGAGCACCGCCUGCUUCUGCGGAUGCUGGAGCGUCAGGAGUCGGGGCCCUCCUUCAGCGUGGCCGGCGUGUCUCUCCGGGGCCCCCGCCUGACCCCUCUCCUCCGGGCCCUGAAGCUCCAGGCCUCCAUCCGGCAGCUGUGCCUCUCCGGGACGGGCCUCGGGGACGACUCGGCCGAAGAGCUCUUGGCCAGCAUCAGCACCAUGCCGGCCCUGAGGCAGCUGGACCUCUCCUCCAACCGGCUGGGCCCCGAGGGGCUUCGCAAGCUCACCGCAGGGUCCUCCGGAAACACUGUUUUCCAGACCCUGGAGGAGCUGGACCUGGGCCUGAACCCUUUGGGCGAGAACAGUGGCCCUUCCUUGGCCGCCUUGGUCCAGGCCGCUCCACUCCUGAAGGCCCUCCGACUGCAGGCCUGUGGCCUCACUUCCGCCUCCUUGCAGCACCACCAGCCCCUGAAAGGGGCCUUGCAGCUGAGGAGCCUGGCUCUGUCGCACAACGGCCUGGGCCCGGAAGGCCUGGACCUCGUCCUGAGGAGCCUGCCUUGCCAGAGGCUCUCCCGCCUGGACCUGGGCUCCGUGGGCAGAAGGGCGGCCGAGCAGAAGCCCCUCUGGAAGCCCCUGGCUGCUUACCUGGCCCAGGAGGGCUGUGCACUCAGCCACUUGACCUUCUCUGGGAACCAACUGAAUGACAAUGCGGUUGCAGAGCUGGCCAGGUGCCUCCCUUGCUGCCCUUCCUUGGUCUCCCUGGACUUGUCUGCCAACCCCGACAUCGGCCUCGUCGGCCUCCGGACGCUGCUCCUGGCCCUGGAGGAGAGGCAGGCCGGCCUCCAGCUCCUCAACCUGGCAGGCUGCUCCGUGAAGGGCCCCGUGGACUCUGCCUCCUGGACCAAGCUCUCGUCCAGCGUCCGCCACUUGCAGCUCUGCAGCCGCCACUUGAGCCGGAGUGACCUGCGGGAGGGGCCCGAGCUAUGGCCGAGGACCGAGGGUAGCGCCUUCGCCUGCGUUGCACGGCACAACAAGCUCUUCUACCAAUGCCUUUAGCCGCCCUGGACGGAUGCUUUGCCGCAUCCAGGGCCCCAGUUCUGGCCACGUAUGGGUGGAGUGGCCAGCGAGACGGAGGAAGAGACCUUGGGCCACUUCACUCAAUCCUUGCGUCCAGAUCUGGUGCAAAAGGGUGAUUGUGAACCAAAGGAAAGCCAUCAUAAUGGAGAACAGCAGAGAUGAGUCUUCUAAUGAAGAAAGCCCAUUAAGACCUGAUUCCUUCCUCCUUUUAACUCUGAGAGACGCAAGGAUUGUACUCUAAACUGGGUCAGGAGUAGAAAUAUAUCCAUUAUUCCCUAAAGGAUAUAACCUUAACUUAUUCAGCCUUUGUGCUGACCUUGUCUUCAUACUUCUGAAUCCUUCCAUAUUUAUUCUGAUCCUUCCUUGCAACCUUGGCGAUCAUCUCUCUCCACAGCACAUAUGAGAGAACUACAGGGCUCUUGAUUUAAACAUUUCUUGCUUCUACUAUGGGGAAAAUGUAAUGCUGAAAGAAGAGACUUGCUGGAGCCUUUUCUUUGCUUUUCCCUUGUUUUGGGAAGGAAUAAAAUACACCUCACGCCUCUCCUU